UUUUAUAAUUCGAUAAAAGUAGCAUCUUUUUGAAGACGUAUAUGUGUAUUUAUACACGUGUUAAAUGAAGAGAAAAACCAAGGAGCAGAAAAAGCAAUGUCGUUCUAAUAAGUCUGCUACAAAGCGAACUAUGGAUGAAAAAAGUAGAAAAAAUACUCAGCGUAUGAUUCCACACACGGAACGAAAUGCCUCCGGUCGUAAUUGGGAGAUAUUUAAGAAUUUAGUAUUUAAUGUUCCACCAUUGAAUUCAGACACUUCUGGUAAAGAGAAUAUUAAGAAAAAGUCAUCUCCACCUCAAAAGUCAAGGAAGAAGCAUCAUCCAUCUGUGGUGAAUGGAGAUCAUGUAUCAUCAACUAUUGAGGAAGAAGGUUUUGAUGAAAAUAAAAAGAAAUUAACAAAACAGGUAGCAAUGGAUUGUGAAAUGGUAGGCAUAGGGGAUGGCACUGAAAGUAUGAUAGCUAGAGUGUCUAUUGUGAACCGGCAUGGCUUCUGUGUAUAUGAUAAAUACGUAAAGCCAAGGGAACCUGUUCAAGACUACAGAACUGAAGUUAGUGGUAUUAGGCCUCAUAAUCUUCAAGAUGGAGAAGAAUUUGAGGUUGUUCAAAAAGAGGUAGCAGAUAUUUUAAAAGGCCGUAUUUUAGUUGGUCAUGCAUUAAAGCAUGAUCUUGAUGUAUUAUAUCUGUCUCAUCCAAGGAAACACCUACGUGAUACUUCUAGGUUUAAAACCUUUAAAAAAUUAUCUAGAGGAAAUACACCUAGUUUAAAGAAGCUUACACAUGAAUUAUUAGGCAGAGAAAUACAGACAGGGGAGCAUAAUUCAAUUGAAGAUGCAACAGCUGCAAUGCAAUUGUAUAUGCUAUACAGAAAUAAGUGGGAGCUUGAAUUCUAUUCUACACGAUAG